AGAGGGGAGGAGACGAGAGAACGUGUGUUUCUAUAGUGUGAAUAGGAACGAGAGAGCGCGAGGACAAGAGCGAGCGAGACAGAGAGCAGAAAGCCGCCGCUUGUUGUGAAAAUAGAAGAAGAGGGUGAACAAAAAAGGGAUCGGAGGAGAAACCCAGCUGUUGGGAGCAGAGCAGAGAUGUUGGAGCUCUCGUCCGAGUUGGGCUUUGUGCAGAGUGUGUGUGUCGACAGCAUAUGCUGCCCCCCCUCUGCACCCCACCCCACCGGCGGAUCCAUGAGGGCCGACGAUCUGCUGCUGAGUAACGGCACGGCCGGGAAGAUGAACGGGGCGUUGGAGCAUUCGGACCAGCCCGACCCAGACGCCAUCAAAAUGUUCGUGGGCCAGAUCCCUCGCUCCUGGUCAGAGAAGGAGCUGAAGGAGCUGUUUGAGCCCUACGGCGCUGUCUAUCAGAUCAACAUCCUCCGAGACCGCAGCCAGAACCCUCCACAGAGCAAAGGGUGCUGUUUUGUCACGUUUUACACACGGAAAGCUGCCCUUGAAGCCCAGAAUGCACUGCAUAACAUAAAGACCUUAACAGGGAUGCACCAUCCCAUUCAGAUGAAGCCUGCAGACAGUGAGAAAUCAAAUGCGGUGGAGGACAGGAAGCUGUUCAUCGGCAUGGUGUCGAAGAAGUGCAAUGAGAACGACAUCCGAGUCAUGUUCUCUGCGUUCGGACAGAUCGAGGAGUGCCGGAUCCUGCGAGGGCCCGACGGACUCAGCAGAGGCCUCAGCCAUCGGGAAGCCAACGUUAAGGGAUGUGCGUUUAUCACCUUUUCUACAAGGGCUAUGGCACAGAAUGCAAUCAAAGCCAUGCACCAGUCUCAGACUAUGGAGGGCUGCUCGUCUCCCAUCGUGGUGAAGUUUGCCGACACGCAGAAGGACAAGGAGCAGCGGCGCCUGCAGCAGCAGCUGGCUCAGCAGAUGCAGCAGCUCAACAACGCCACCACCUGGGGGAGUCUGACAGGGCUGGGCGGCCUCACCCCGCAGUAUCUGGCUGUAAGAGGACACGCCGCGUCGCCCACCCCUUACUACAGCCCCGCAGCCAACGCAUCCGUCGCCGCCGCAUUGCUCCAGCAGGCCACCUCCUCCAGUAACCUUGGAGCCUUCAGUGGGAUCCAACAGAUGGCAGGUAUGAGUGCUCUGCAGUUGCAGAACCUGGCCACUUUAGCAGCGGCGGCGGCGGCGGCCCAAAACUCAGCCGGCCCCAACGCAAACCCCCUGUCCUCCAACGUGGCCUCCCUCGGAGCGCUGGCCAGCCCAGCGGGCACCACAGCCAACUCCUCGGGCAUGAACUCUCUGACCUCUCUGGGCACUCUGCAGGGCCUGGCUGGCGCCACCAUGGGUCUGAACAACAUUAAUGCACUAGCAGGUAGCGUCAACAGUAUGGCGGCCCUGAACGGAGGCCUGGGCGGCGCGGGGCUGACCAACGGCACGGCGGGCACCAUGGACGCGCUCACACAGGCCUACUCAGGGAUCCAGCAGUAUGCAGCCGCAGCCCUGCCCACCCUCUACAGCCAGUCCCUGCUGCAGCAGCAAGGUGCCGCCGGCAGCCAGAAAGAGGGGCCUGAAGGUGCCAACCUGUUCAUCUACCACCUGCCCCAGGAGUUUGGGGACCAGGACAUCCUGCAGAUGUUCAUGCCUUUUGGAAACGUGGUCUCUGCCAAAGUCUUCAUUGACAAACAGACCAACCUGAGCAAGUGCUUCGGCUUCGUCAGUUAUGACAAUCCCGUGUCGGCGCAGGCAGCCAUCCAGGCCAUGAAUGGCUUCCAGAUCGGCAUGAAGAGGCUGAAGGUGCAGCUCAAGCGCUCCAAGAACGACAGCAAACCAUACUGAUCUUAGCACUAGGGCCUAUCUGCUCCCAUGUUACCACUGCUAGGGUAAGUCCCCAUACGAGCCACGACCUCUACACAGGGACUGGGGGAGGGAAGUGGAGGGAGGGGGGAGACAACAUUUGACCACCAGAGGGAGACACUACUUUCUCCUUUAGUUUUUUUUAUUUUUAGCUUUUUUGUUCAGCAGUAUUAUUUAUUAUUACUAUUAUGAUUUUUUUUGUAUUAUCUUUCACAUGAAUGCUUCCAUUACCACCUUUAUUUUGUACCACUUUAAAAAAAAGUAGCUAUCAUCGGUAGCUUUUUCAGUUGUAAAACAUAUUUAAUUUUCUACGUGAUUAUUUAUAUACUGUUAUCAGAAGAAUUUCAUUACUCGAAAAACAGAGUAAGAAAAAAAACAAGCUAUAUGGUUUUGUUUGUUCUCUUUGUGAACCUGAGGCCUGAUAAAAUGUCGAUAUAAAGGGUUCAUUUCUGACACACCAUGCACCGAUAUGCACAUGACCCUUGACCUCCUGGUGUUGGUUUCCGGGCCAACCGCCGCUGCUUCUCUGACCCCUGAUGCCUGCUGACAGACACCAGGGAACAAAGGGUUAAAAAAACAAAACUUAGUGGCCUGUCACCUGUUAGUCAGUCAACGACAGAAUCCCAUACAGUCCUCUAUUUCAUUAUUAUCAUGACUCCAGUCAUUUCUUAAUGUGGAGAAUGUUUAUUUCACACUAAAACAAUGUUAGCAAACUACGAUUUUCUGGGUCAGAUCACAUUGGUCUUUGUUGAAAGGGAUAUUGUGUAGAACAUUUUCAAAGUAACAUCCAGAAUCUGAUGAAGGCUAUAAGAUUAAAAAAUGUAUGGGUGGGAAGUUAACUGAAAAUACUUGAUGUUUCUUGAGAGAUAAAACAAUUAAUUCAAAGUAGCGAAAGCCACAGGCCUGUACAUUUUAUUUGUAAAAAAAGCAGUUCUAUUUUUAUACAAAAUUCUUACUGCCUCAGAAAAAAAGGAUUUUAUUUAUUGCCUAUCGUUAAGUUAUUGGAAUCCUAUAAAGAACCGAAUCCGUUAGAAUAGAACCUUGUUGAGUAGUCUUCUGAAAUUUGGAACAGUAGAAUUCUCUAGAACAGAGCCACGUUCACACCUCGCUCUGCCUCUGCUCCCUUCACUGUCAUACACCUCUCUCUGUCUCUGCUCCCUUCACUGUCAUACACCUCUCUCUGUCUCUGCUCCCUUCACUGUCAUACACCUCUCCCUGUCUCUGCUCCCUUCACUGUCACACACCUCUCUCUGCCUCUGCUCCCUUCACUGUCAUACACCUCUCUCUGUCUCUGCUCCCUUCACUGUCAUACACCUCUCUCUGCCUCUGCUCCCUUCACUGUCAUACACCUCGCUCUGCCUCUGCUCCCUUCACUGUCAUACACCUCUCUCUGUCUGUGCAUCACAUCCGUCCGUGAUCAGCUCUUUCUCUCUCUCUCCCCAUCAGUACCGGAACUCCACCUUUCAAACUUCAACCUUUCCUUGCGUUUCGUUUUUUUGUUCACGUGUUUGUUUCGUUAUGUUUCGUUCGUUUGUACUGUACAAAAACUUUUCAACAGUUUCUCCCAAAUGACAAUCCAUCCUCCUUGCUCUCUAGGAGCAUGUGGUACUGAUGGAUAUAACUUUGGCUGCUCUGUGUAUGAGUGUGUGAUAAUGUGUUUGUACAGUAAAUGUGUGUCUGUUAGUAUUAAUCCAAAUUGUAAAUCAUUUUUGUAAAAAAAAAAAAAAAUUGCGAGAGAUAUAAAAUUGUGGUGUUGACCUUAUGACCUGGUGGUUUACAUUGUUGUUUUGUUGUGUGUUGUUCCCCUGAUUUUAAUGCUGUAGUAAUGUGGUACCCUGGCUCUCUGUCCUGUGUGUAACUCUCUCCUCUCCCCUGUUUUCUUCCUAUAGAACCCAUCUCCAUGCCUGUUAGCUCAUCGUUUGCCUAGCAUGUCUCUGUGGCGUGGCGUCCAAAAACCAAAAAAAAUACAAAAAGUCUCAUCGUCCCCGUCAUUGUUUUCUGAUGUCUUUUCUGAGCUGAUCAUAACCUGGUCUCCGCCUACUGACCUUUUGAACUUAGCGUGACCUUUUUGGACUUUUUUUGCAUGUGACCUCAUUUUGUUCUAUUUUGGGGAGGUGGGGUAAAUGGGGUACAUUGUGCAUGAAGGAGGGAGGGAGGGGGAGGGGGGGAGCGAAUCAAUGUAAAGAAGUAUAGCAUAAUUCAUACAAAAAGACUGAACUCUUACAGACAAAAACAAAAGGUUUCUUUUUAAAAACAGAACAACCCUGUGGCAAAAUGAUUUCUAAUAGGUUUAUUUAGUUAUGUUUAGUUUCCUUCUUUUAUGUUGGGUUUCAUUUGUUUUUCAUUUUUUCAUUUAAAGUAAACUUGAAAGUUCAGCACAGGGAUUGGCAUGCUGUCUUGUUUCUGGCUCCACUGGCAAUAUGAGGCCAGAAGCAGACACUGUCGGUGUCCAUGAAAAAUAGACUACUUCCAAACAGUUCUGAAUAAAAACUGUCUGAUCAAUAUUAGACUCUCUCAGAGCUCUGUAAUUGUUUUUACAUUUUUCAGGCAGUGUAAAGUUUUUUGAUAAGGCCAUUUUAAGUGGCUCUGUUUCUCAUUAAAGUAUAUAUAGAACCACUUUUUUCUAGAGUAGUUUAAGGUAUUACAAAAAUGUCAACAAAAAAAGACUUGCCCUGUUUGGGGGGAGAAAUGCUACCUACGUGUCACCUUUUGCUGAACUGACUCACAGAUAGACAAUCCGUGGUUUAAAUGCACAUGAUAAAGAAAUGACCUAUAUUUUCUACUGUUUAAAUUAUAGAGCGAAAAAAAAAGAAGAAAAUGCCUGUAACCCGCGUUAACGUUGGUGCUUCUUGUGAGUUUAGUUUUGGUUUCAUUACAAGUCUAACGGUCUUAAGUGUCUCAUGUUUUAAAAGAGAAGACUAAAAAAAAAUCUGUUUACUUGAACAAUAGACAAAGCCUUUCAUAUGAAUACUAUUAUAAUUGUUCAUUUUGUCUUUUAUUUUAAGCAGUCCCAAUUUGCAAAAUUUCUUGUUGGGUAAUUAGCUAUAUACAAUUCCUAAAAAAAAUAUAUAUAUGAAUAUAUAAAUAUAUAUAUAUAUAUAACAUGUCGGCUUGUGAAGCAUCAAUGUUAAUAUAAUUUUAUUUCUAUCGUGGGAAACAAUAUUUAGAUGUGUUUUGUUGUUCAUUAUAAUGUGAUUUUCUUUUCUUAUAAAGAAAAAAAGACAAGAUCGGUGGAGUUUAGUGCCAAAACCUGAAGGUACAUCCUGUCUAUAGCGCGUCAGUGUAUUUCUUGUGAAAUGAUUUGAUAACAUGGGUAUUUUAUUAAGUGUUUUGUAUGGAUCCCUCAUAUGUAAAAAUAUAGAUUUAAAAAAAGAGUUUGUUAACUUGCUAUUCUGUGGUCUUGUUGCCUGAAACUGUUAAUGUUUUGCUUUUUUUUUGUAAAGAUGUAAAAAGUGCCCAUGUGUCAUAUAUAUAUAUAUAUAUAUAUAUAUAUAUAUAUAUACACACACACCCACUCGCACGUACACACACUCAAGCAGACCUCACAGUUGACUUUACUUUGUUGUUGUGUAUGAGAGCCCCUGAGUGUGCACGCCUCUACAGUCCAGUUUCCAUGUUCCUGCCCACCAGUCUUUACAUUGCUGUUCACACACUCUCUCUAUCAACACGUCACUCGCACACACAAUCCUCACAUGAGCCAUUAACAGAGCAUUCUUCAAAGCCUUAUCACAAGCCUUUACAUGAACACUCACAUGAACACACACUCUCGCUUCAUCCUUUCGCUUUGACAAAUGUCAAGCCUUAUUUUAAGCUUCGUCUCUCUCAUUAUAACCGAAAUCAAGGACAAGUGUUUAGUUGAAGUUGCUACAGACCGGGAAGGGGCACCGUUAUUGGCUGGUCAUGUAUGUGUCACCUCAAACAACAUGAAUGUGUUGCUUACAUGAGGUAAGUGAAGGGCAAGACUUUCCCACACAAGCCUCAAACCCUCCCCAGACCCAGACAAAACAGCGUUGGUUUAGUACAGAAUGAUUUAUCUGUUUGGUUUUGUUGUUUCUUCAGUUGACAGUUUCUUAUGGACAUGUACCAGUAUUGGUAAUCACACCAUUACUACAGACAUAUGUUUGCCCUGUUGUAAAUGUGGUGUAAUGUAGUGUAACUGGCACAAAACAGUGUUGAGAUGCCAACGUAUUACGUCACGAUUCUCAUAGUCAAUCCGCUUACAUGACACAGAGCUGUCUGUCUGUCCGUCUCAGUAUUCUGUAAAACUGCCCCGAUUCCCUUCCCUGGAAACCUAGUUUACGGUCUGCAAAACGCAGCACUAUUUUAUACAAAAACUCACCAGUCGCCUUAACCAGGGAGUGUUGUAUCGAAAGACGUGUCUAAUCGGAUCUAAAAAUCUGUAUGUAAGUAGGUGGUGUUUGCCAAGUCUAAGUGUACUGUAUUGUACUGUACCUCCAGCUUCUCCAACUCUGGGUAAUCGUGUCACCAUUUUGUCCCACAACGCAGAGUAGAGAGGCAAAAUGGCCACCUUCUUCUUUAAGUGUGGCUCUCAAACUGACAACCAAGGGAAAAUAAGUUACUGUUAUCUGUUCCAUCGUCUUUUUACGGAAUAACAAGGUUUAUUUGAAAUACCGAGCCAAAUGGAGGAGGGUUUGUAAAGUGCAGACAGGGGAAAUAAAACGAGAUGAAAGGGUAGCGAUCGUGUUCAGUUCUUAGACAGCAAAACAACCGUCUCGGCCAAGAGGCAGAGCCUUUACCAUGUCAAAUGACCAAGUCAAUGCCAAACUUCAGUUGAGUCCAUAGCAUAUCAAAUUGACAUUUCCUAAAGCAGUAAGCAUGAGUAAUGCCAUACAAACCGCUCUAACUACCUGCAUAAAAGUAAUCAGGAUUGCCAAUAUGUCAUACUCCACAUAUAUCAGUGUUAAUAGUUCAUUUUGUCAUUAACGUGAGCUGAUCGUAGUCUCCUUAUAAGACAGCUGCCCUAUUAGGCCUCAGACCCUUCAGGAAUCCUCUCUGUGAGGAACAUCUUUGCACUCUAAUACAUUAGGUAACAUAAACAGACAACAGAGUUACAUCAACUCACGGUGCAGCAUAAUGGGUUGCAGGCGUAGAGGCUUGGGUUUUUGUUUGUUUUCGGUUCAUCCCUUAGCCAACUACUUAUACUUUGGGAGAUGUGUGUGUUUUUACAGAACUUAAGCAUCCCCCAAUUCCCAAAUCGCUCGCUCACACACACACACACCAUGGGUUGGCACAGUGUAGUCUGAUUGAAGUUGCAGUCUGUUAGAUGUUUCUGAAAAAGCACAAGAGUGUCCUCCGCAGACAGACCGUUAGACAGGAAUGUCUGUUGAGUGCCUCACAUCUCAGGGGCUGUCAUCACCGAUGCUUGUUGUAAUCUUUCAAUCUUGUCACUGUUCCGUUCUCUGUUCUCUUUUUAUUUAUUUAUUAUUAUCUAAAGUGCUAUUUAUCAAACAAUGACAUUUUAAAGGAAAAAAACAACUUGUAGUUUCUUUGCAUUUUGGCUUAUUAUGUCUAGUUUUGGGGGAAAAUGUUUGUUUUUCUCUCUCUUUCUGUGCCGUAAAGAGCUUGUUGUCUGUAGAUUAAUAUCAUUUUGUUUGAUUCUAAAGGAUUUCAAUAGUUUUAAGUAUUGUCUUGAGAGAAGCCAAAGUCAAUGCAUUUCAGUGGAUUCUGUAAGCGUAUUGUAUGUUUGUUUGACAACACUUCGAAAUCUGUCAUUGGAUGGGAUUGAAAAAGUAAAAAAAUGCAGGCUUUCCUAUUUCUACAAAUGAUUGUACUUAUGCAUUUUGUACCAGUGAAACUUUUUAUACUGGAGAUUAAAGGAAACAACAACAAAAAACUAUUAGUAAAACAAACCUGUCUGGCCUCAUGAUGUGGCCUGACCUUUGUUGACUGGUUCCCGAGUAUGAUUUAUAGCUGGCAUCAAGAACGUUGUCUUUUAAUAUACGAUUUUCUAGAAGAACUUUGGCUUGGUUUCUUUAAUUAAUUAACUUCUUAUUUUUCCGUACUUCAGUGUUGUUCUUUUCGCAAAGAGGAGUUAGGCGAGUGUUGGUUUCUUUUUGGCUUAUAAAUAGUUAUAGCCGUUUGUCUAUACAAAAAAACCCGGUAAGUUUCAUUUAACUUCUGUAUUGUGACGUCUACAUGAUAAGACAAUUAGGAAUAUAAAUAUUUAGUCACCUUCAGUGGAUUAAUGUAUUAGUUCAAUUAAAAAAAGAUGCUAAUUAGAGGUUUUUGCUUUUAACUGUUUAGAUUUUUCUGGUUUCUCUGUCCCCUGUGAACUAACUGUGUAGCUGAAGCAGUCAGAAUUAUUUUUGUAAACGUAUGUUCUUGUGUGAUGCAGUUACUUGCUUCUGUCUCCGAUAUUAAACCAUUUUUCCUAAUA